UCAAUCUUUUUCUACAAAAUCGUUCUGUGGCCUGUUCUUAAGGGACUUUUAAGCAACAUGUCUGAACAAAUCGAAAGGGCUUUUCAAAAACAACCCAAUAUUUUCACAAGUGCCAAAUUAAUUACGAAGGGUAAAAGUAAGAAAAAGAAUACUCGCUGGUAUAAGGAUGUAGGUCUCGGUUUUAAGACACCAAAAGAGGCCAUUGAGGGACAUUAUAUAGACAAAAAAUGUCCCUGGGCUGGCAUGGUAUCCAUACGUGGUCGUAUUUUGAACGGAGUUGUGGUUUCUACAAAAAUGAAAAGGACUAUCAUUGUCCGUCGGGAAUAUUUGCAUUAUAUUAAAAAGUACAACCGUUAUGAAAAACGUCAUAGGAAUGUGGCUGCUCAUUUAUCGCCAGCAUUUAUUGGUGUUCAGCCCGGCGAUACGGUGACUAUGGGACAGUGCCGACCUCUUUCCAAGACCGUACGCUUUAAUGUCCUUAAAGUUCAGAAAAAAAUACAAAAGGGAUCAAAAAAAUUUGCCAAGUUUUAAUCAUGAAAUAAGAAGAUAAUCGAUUUGAUCAUUGAGUAACUCUUCAUAAUUUUUUUUUAUUAUGAUUAACACAAUCUUUUAAGUGGCUUAUGUUAAAUCCUACAAUAAAAAAAUGAAGUUUUCUUUCUUAUCACUGAUAAUAAACUCAAUUUUAU